AUGGCUUUUGUUCGUUCCUCUUCUUUAUCUCUAUUGUCGCUUAAGCUGAGAUCUAGUAUAGGACAGAAUGUCCGCCAUUCCCACGCGUUGUGGUUUCCAGAUGCAAAGUUUCAUCACGAAUUUAAAAAGGCAAGUGUGAUUGGUCGUAUUUGGGCAGCAAAGACAACUGAAUAUGAGAAACAUGUUGAGACGAGCGAGAUACUAGAAAAUUAUUGCAGAAGACCGAGAAUGUCAGAUAUUGCAGAUUUCCAUGAAAAACCUCUGCAUUAUUAUCUUUUGAACUUCGGUCCUCAGCAUCCAGCAGCUCAUGGUGUGCUGCGAUUGAUUUUAGAAUUAGAUAAUGAAAUGGUUAUGAAAGCAGUACCUCACAUUGGGUUACUUCAUCGUGCUACAGAAAAAUUGAUUGAAUACAAGACAUAUAUUCAAGCUCUUCCAUAUUUUGAUCGUUUGGAUUAUAUAACGAUGCUCACAAAUGAGCAAGGCUUUGCACUAGCUGUUGAAAAAUUGUUGGGGAUUGAAAUACCUCCUCGAGCUAAAUGGAUUCGCACAUUAUUCGCUGAAUUAAAUCGUCUUGCAAAUCACGCAUUUAGUAUUGUGACGCAUGCACUGGAUAUUGGUGCUAUGACGCCUUUAUUCUGGAUGUUUGAAGAACGCGAAAAACUGUUCGAAUUCAAUGAGAGAGUCUCAGGAGCAAGAAUGCAUGUGAAUUAUAUAAGACCGGGUGGAGUGGCGUGGGACUUGCCACUGGGUCUGUUGGAUGACAUAUAUGAUUGGACCAUCCAGUUUCCACAACGCAUUGAUGCCAUGGAAGAUAUGCUUACCGAAAAUCGACUUUGGCAGAGUCGUACACGUGAUAUUGGCUUGAUAUCUGCGGCAGAUGCACAAAGUUUGGGUUUUUCGGGUGUUAUGCUACGUGCAUCCGGAGUUAAGUACGACGUGAGGAAAGCACAACCCUAUGAAGUUUACGAUCAGAUCGAGUUCGAUGUUCCUGUUGGAACAAGGGGCGACUGUUAUGAUCGGUAUCUCUGUCGGCUAGAAGAAAUGCGUCAAAGUUUAAGGAUUGUACUAGACUGUUUGAACAAAAUGCCUCCAGGAGAAAUUAAGAUAGACGAUCAUAAGGUUGUACCACCGAAACGAGAAGAAAUGAAGAACAGCAUGGAGUCGCUCAUACAUCAUUUUAAAUUCUUCUCUGAAGGCUAUCAAGUACCACCGGGUAGCUGUUAUGUUCCUAUAGAAGCUCCGAACGGUGAGUACGGUACUUAUGUAGUUGCAGAUGGGACAUCAAAGCCGUAUCGAUGUUUUAUCCGGGGGCCGGGAUUUGCGCAUUUGGCUGGUUUACACGACUUAACACAUAUGAGUUUGAUUUCUGAUGUAGUUGCAGUCAUUGGUACAAUGGAUAUUGUUUUUGGUGAAGUAGAUCGUUGA